AUGGAGAAGCUCGAGGCGCAAAUGAAAGGCACGCCAGCUGAAUUAGCACUCCCGAAUCUCUUUGUGGGCAAGGCAAAAACUUACAUUUCGUGUAUCAACGUUGAUUAUGAAUCGUCGCGGAUAGAGGACUUCUGGGAUAUACAGCUCAGCGUCAAAGGAAACAAGACUCUGGAUGACAGUUUCAAAUCUUACAUCAACGUUGAGAUCAUGGAUGGAGAGAACAAGUAUGACGCUGGAGCUUCUCAUGGUUUGCAGGACGCCCGAAAAGGUGUUAUUUUCGAAAGCUUCCCACCUGUCUUGCAUCUUCACCUACAAAGAUACGAAUACGAUUUCAACCGCGAUGCGAUGAUGAAAAUCAAUGACCGGCAUGAAUUCCCAGAGGAGUUCGAUGCGUCGCCCUACCUAUCCGCAGAUGCAGACCGGUCUGAACCCUGGGAAUAUAAGCUCUUCGGCGUACUUGUUCAUAGUGGCGACCUCAAUGCUGGACACUACUAUGCCUUUUUGCGCCCAACUAAAGAUGGCCACUUCUACAAAUUCGAUGAUGACAAGGUGAUCAGAGCAACAAAUAAGGAAACGUUAGAAGAGAACUUUGGAGGAGAGUAUGCAAAUGGAGCCGGGAUGCGCCAACCUUAUACCCGGAACUACUCGACAAAACGUUCGAUGAACGCAUACAUGCUGGUUUACAUCCGAAAGUCCAGAAUCGACGACGUCCUUAUCAGCGUUGGAAAUGAGGAUGUGCCCGCCCAUCUUGUGAAACAAGUCGAUGAAGAACGCUCUGAGGCGAUCCGUAGGAAAAAGGAGCGGGAAGAGCAACAUCUCUACAUGAAUAUUGCAGUUGUAUCCGAUGACACGUUUAGAGAACAUCAUGGCUUUGACUUGAUGAGUACCGAUUUGGAUCCCGGCGAUCCAGCCCUCCCAACCACCUACCGAGUCCGCCGUACCAUGAAGGUGAGCGAGUUUACGCAACUUGUGGCAGAAGAUAAGGGCCUUGAUGUGGAACGAGUCCGGCUAUGGGCCAUGGUCAAUCGUCAAAACAAAACCGUCCGGCCUGACCAGCCCCUACGGGACCCAGAAGACACUGUCGAAACAGCUGCUUUCAAGCUUUCGUCAAGAGCCGCGCCUUUCAAGGUAUAUGCUGAAGUGAGAGAACCUGGAGAUGAUGGAAAGGUUGUUUGGCCUGAAACGCAAGGACCAAAUGCGUCUGUUCUCGUCAUUUUGAAGCAUUUCGAUCCUGUGACACAAACUCUUUCUGGUGUUGGCCAUGUCUUCGUUAAGAAGCAAUCUAAGGUUUUAGAACUUGCUGGGCCCAUUCUCCAGAUCAUGAACUGGCCAGCCGGCACAUCCUUUUCGCUAUACGAGGAAAUCAAACCUUCAAUGAUUGACCAGCUGAAGCCUAAGCAGACAUUCCAAGCUUCGGAGAUUCAAGAUGGAGAUAUAAUAUGUUUUCAGCGGAGCCAUAGUGAAUCGGAACUUGGACCCAACGUUCUCUACAAGGAUGCAAGACAAUACUACGAUUAUCUUCUCAACCGCGUCAUGAUAAAAUUUGCACCAGUGAAGCCAGAAUCCGAUGACUCAACUUUUACACUUGCUCUUAGCCGCAAGAUGAGCUAUGAUCAAUUUUCAGCUAAAGUUGGCGAGUAUUUAAAAGUUGACCCGACACACCUUCGGUUUGCUCCUGUUGCAACUACUACUGGCAAUCCCAAGCCAUUUAUUCGGCGGAACGUUGCCCACAACCUUUCCCAGAUCCUGACUACGCAGUAUUCUGCUUAUGGCAACUCAGGGCAGAGAAACGAUGCCCUAUAUUACGAGGUUCUGGAGACUAGCUUAAGUGAAUAUGAAACUAAGAAGCUAAUAAAAAUCACCUGGCUACCUGAGGGAAUCAUCAAAGAGCAACCGUUCGAGUUACUUGUGCCUAAACAAGGAAACGUCACUGAUAUUCUACAAGGCCUUCAACAAAAAGCUAAUCUGGAUAAUGAGGUUAUGCAAAAUGUCCGCGUUUUUGAAGCGCAUUACAGCAAAAUGCAGAAAGAACUAACAGACAAGUUUGGCGUGGCUGGAAUAAUGGACACAAUUUCUCUUUAUGCGGAGCCUAUUCCCGAAGAUGAACAAAACAUGAAGGAAGGUGAUUUCAGGAUAAAUGCUUUCAAUUUUGAUAAGGAGCCAAAUAGAGAGCAUGGCAUACCUUUCAAAUUUGUUGUUAAACCAGGAGAGAAAUUCAUCGAUACCAAAGAGCGCUUGUCCAAAAGAACAGGUAUCAGAGGUAAACAAUUUGAGAAGAUAAAAUUUGCAGUUGUGUCUCGAGCCAUGUACUCAAAUCCAACGUACCUUGAAGAUGAUGACAUCCUUUCCGAACUUGUCGGCGACUCUGACAGCCAACUUGGCCUUAACCAUGUAAAUAAGAAUCGCAAUUUCCUCUCCAAGAGCGACAAUAUCUUCAUUCGAUAG